AUGUCGAUUUCAAAGUACUUCACUCCCGUUGCUGACGGGUCACUUACUUUCAAUGGCGCGAACAUCCAAUUUGGCGCCGAUGCGCAAAGCGACUCUGGAAAGAGUUAUGAUGCCGAAGGCGGCAUGCAGGCUCCGGCCAACCAAUUAAAUGACAUAACCUUCCAAGCGGAGGCUGGUGAAAUGGUUUUAGUUUUGGGUUAUCCCACAUCCACCCUAUUUAAGACUUUGUUUCAUGGUAAGACAAGUUUGUCAUACUCUCCCCGAGGCUCAAUUAAAUUCAAAAAUAACGAGUUUAAGAGCUUUUCCGAUAAAUGUCCCCACCAGAUUAUUUACAACAAUGAACAAGAUGUGCAUUUCCCUUUUCUAACGGUAGAGCAGACGAUUGAUUUCGCCUUGAGUUGUAAGUUUGAUAUCCCAAAAGGUGAGCGUGAUCAAAUAAGAAAUGAACUUCUAAGGGAAUUCGGCUUAUCUCAUGUACUAAAAACUAUUGUAGGAAAUGAUUUUUUCCGUGGUGUUUCUGGUGGUGAGCGUAAACGUAUUUCUAUUAUCGAAACAUUUAUCGCGAAUGGUUCCGUUUACCUAUGGGAUAAUUCUACCAAAGGUCUGGAUUCCGCCACAGCUUUGGAUUUUUUGGGGAUUCUUAGAAAAAUGGCAAAGGCUACUCGUUCUGUAAACCUAGUCAGAAUUUCUCAGGCAAGUGAUAAAAUUGUUGAUAAAUUUGACAAGAUUCUUAUGCUAUCCGAUUCCUACCAGCUUUUCUAUGGUACUGUUGAUGAGUGUUUGACUUAUUUCCGUGAUACUUUAGGUAUUGAGAAAGAUCCUAACGAUUGUAUUAUUGAAUACCUGACUUCUAUCUUAAAUUUCCAGUUCAAAAACAAGAAUUUGGGAGGCUUAUCAAAUUCAUCAUCUACUAGCGUUCUCAAAACUGCAACAGAGGAAGUUACUAAGUAUACUUAUAAUUCUGAUUUCGAUUUAUAUGAUCAAUGGAAACAUUCUUCUUACUAUAGAAAUAUAAAGCAGCAAAUCCAAGGAUCUUCCAUUGAUGAAUCCACCAAAGAAGUGGAUCCCUCUGAUGUCUCACCUAUUUUUAAUAUUCCGUUGAGGAAACAGUUAUUAUUUUGCACAAAAAGAGCUUUUCAACGAAGUUUGGGUGAUAAAGCCUAUAUGACAGCGCAAUUCAUUUCCGUUGUUAUCCAAUCUUUAGUCAUUGGUUCACUGUUUUACGAGAUUCCCUUGACUACCGUUGGUUCAUACUCAAGAGGUUCUUUAACCUUUUUCUCCAUUCUUUUCUUCACUUUUCUUUCUCUCGCAGAUAUGCCUAUUGCUUUCCAGAGACAACCUAUUGUCAAAAAGCAAUCCCAACUUCACUUCUAUACUAAUUGGGUUGAGACCCUUUCAACCACAGUGUUCGACUACUGCUUUAAACUUUGUUUGGUAAUUGUAUUCAGUAUCAUCCUUUAUUUCCUUGCCCACCUGCAAUACAAGGCUGCGAGGUUUUUCAUUUUCCUCCUGUUCCUUUCCUUUUACAAUUUCUGUAUGGUGUCGCUAUUCGCUUUGACGACGCUAGUUGCCCCAACCAUUUCAGUUGCGAAUUUAUUUGCAGGUAUUUUACUACUGGCUAUAGCAAUGUAUGCUUCUUACGUUAUCUACCUGAAUAAUAUGCAUCCUUGGUUUGUGUGGAUUGCUUAUUUGAAUCCUGCAAUGUACGCUAUGGAGGCGGUGCUGUCCAAUGAGCUUUACAAUUUGAAGCUGGAUUGUAGUGAAACAAUUGUUCCAAGAGGGCCUACUUAUGAUGAUGUUCCAUUCUCCCAUAAGGCCUGUGCUUGGCAAGGUGCUACCCUGGGUAAUGAUUACGUUAGAGGUCGUGAUUACUUGAAGCAAGGUUUAUCUUACUCAUAUAACCAUGUGUGGAGAAACUUUGGUAUUAUUAUUGGUUUCCUAGUAUUCUUUAUUGCCUGCACUCUAUUUGCAUCUCAGUAUAUCAAACCUUAUUUCAAUAAGGAUGAGAUAGAGCGCAACAAUGGUGGCUUUACAAGAUGGCUGCCAUUUUUCAAUAAAAGGAGAAGUAUCAGGUCCUCUGCGAGAAGCGACAGUAAAUAUGAUGGGAUUCCAAAAUCGCACUCGGUUUCGUCUUCCUCAUCUAGUCUGUCAGCUGUUCCAUACCAGGUAUCGCCCUCAAAUAAGGAAAUGGCUCUAAACGACUAUCACGAGCAACCUAUUACAGAAACAGUAGAAACCCAAAAGCAUGUCAUUUCCUGGAAAAAUAUUAACUACACAGUUGGUGAUAAGAGAUUAAUUAAAAAUGCAUCUGGUUUCAUUAGCUCCGGUUUGACAGCCUUAAUGGGUGAGUCUGGUGCAGGUAAAACAACUUUAUUGAAUGUCUUAUCACAAAGAGUUGAGACAGGUGUUGUUAGUGGUGAAAUUUUGAUUGACGGCCACCCAUUAACAGACGAGGACGCAUUUAAGAGGAGUAUAGGUUUUGUUCAACAACAGGAUUUGCAUCUGGAUUUACUGUCUGUGAAGGAAUCUCUAGAAGUCUCAUGUAUUUUGAGAGGUGAUGGUGACAGGGCAUACUUGGACACUGUCUCAAAUUUACUGAAGUUACCAUCUGACACUUUGGUCGCCGAUUUGAACCCUACUCAAAAGAAGCUUUUAUCCAUUGGUGUUGAACUUGUUACUAAGCCUUCACUUUUACUGUUCUUAGAUGAACCAACAUCUGGGCUGGACGCUGAGGCCGCAUUAACAAUUGUCAAAUUUUUAAAACAACUUUCUUUGCAGGGUCAGGCUAUUUUUUGUACCAUUCAUCAGCCUAGUAAAAGUGUCAUCAGUCAUUUUGACAAUAUUUUCUUAUUAAAAAGAGGAGGUGAAUGUGUCUUCUUUGGACCAAUGGACGAUGCCUGCGGCUAUUUCAUGUCUCAUGAUAACACGCUGGUUUACGAUAAAGAACAUGAUAAUCCUGCCGAUUUCGUCAUUGAUGCAGUAGGUAAUAGCAAUUCCUCCACAGAGAAGGAUGGAGCAGAGGGAGGUUUUGCAUUGAACAAAGAAGCCAUAGAUUGGAGCACGUUAUGGGAAUCGUCUGUAGAAAAGAAACUAGUUGAAAAGGAAACAACCAGGCUGGAAGAUGAGGCACGUGCAUCUGGUGUUGAUUAUACAACCUCAUUGUGGAAACAGCCUUCUUACUUACAACAAUUAGCUCUUAUUACAAGAAGACAAUAUAUUUGUACGAAAAGAGAUAUGACUUAUGUUAUGGCUAAGUAUUGUUUGAAUGGUGGUGCUGGUUUAUUCAUCGGUUUCUCUUUUUGGCACAUUAAGCAUAAUAUUAUCGGUUUGCAGGAUAGUAUUUUCUUCUGUUUCAUGGCUCUUUGUGUUUCAUCUCCGUUGAUCAAUCAAAUUCAAGAUAAAGCGCUGAAAACAAAAGAAGUUUAUGUUGCUAGGGAGGCGAGAUCGAACACUUACCAUUGGACCGUUCUUCUUUUAUCACAAUCAAUUAUUGAAUUACCUCUAGCACUUACAAGUUCUACACUAUUUUUUGUCUGUGCCUUUUUCUGUUGUGGAUUUAACAACGCCGGCUGGAGUGCAGGUGUUUUCUUUUUAAACUACAUGCUUUUCGCUGCUUAUUAUGCAUCUCUCGGUUUAUGGCUAAUCUACACUGCUCCUAACCUACAAACUGCUGCUGUUUUUGUUGCAUUUAUUUACAGUUUCACAGCAUCAUUCUGUGGUGUUAUGCAACCGUACUCUUUGUUUCCAACUUUCUGGAAAUUCAUGUACAGGGUUUCGCCAUACACGUAUUUUGUGGAAACUUUUGUUAGUAUUCUAUUGCACAACUGGGAAAUCAAAUGUGAUAUGACUGAAAUGGUCCCUGGUCAACCUUUGUCGGGGCAAACUUGUGGCCAAUUUAUGGAAGCUUUCAUAGAAGAAUACGGUGGUUAUCUACAUAAUAAGAACACUUUCACAGUUUGCGCUUAUUGUACGUACACCGUUGGUGAUGACUUCCUAAAAAAUGAGAAUAUGAGCUACGACCACAUUUGGAGGAACUUUGGUAUUGAGUGGGCUUUCGUUGGUUUCAAUUUCUUUGCGAUGUUUGCUGGUUACUACUUAACUUACGUGGGAAGGAUAUGGCCAAAGGUCUAUAAAGUUAUCACCAAAAUAAUUCCUCACAAAGGGAAGAAGCCCGUACAGAACUAA